AUGGAUUCAGCUUUUACCAAAUUUGUGGAACUGUCGGGCAUUACCGUGACGGAGAAUACAGAUUUAACACCGAUAUUGGCCGACUAUUGGAGUUUUACAGCGUUUGCUUCAGCCUAUCCCGAUAAUAUCUACGAACUAAAUUUCAUAAAAUGGCGAUUGAGCAAAGCGAUGCCAAAACCCCAACAAACCAAUACAACGCCACAAUCCCAACCCUCACCGCAACAACCACAAUAUCAGAUGUCACCACGCUCAGAAAAUACGGUACAAUAUGCGGUCUCACCACAACAAAUUCUCGUCGUAUCUCCCUCGAGACCCGCAGAGGAUAAAAUUCUAACAAAAAAGACAGACUACCACUCACUACCCACAAAACUCGAAAGACUAAAGAAAUAUGUCAGCAACGUCGAAGGAACCUUUAGCUCGUUUAGUCUUACGAAAUCUCCUGAACCCCUGACAACCAUCGAAAGCAAUGAAACAAACAAACCCGUUGACGACGCAACACUACCCGCCCUUAAUUUUAACAUAGACGAUUAUAUACCCGACAACGAAACCCCUAUGAUAUACACAGAACCCAUUAGUAUCACACAUCGCGGAAAAGAUAUUGUGGCGGCUAAAAAACAUUUUGAAGAAAACGAAAGGGCCGAGGAAGAAGGGGAAACUAGCAAUAAUAUGUCCAAGAAAACCCCGGCAAAAAAACCUGUGAGUCGAAAACGAAAGCGAGACAGCGGGCGACCAACAAACGACGAACAACUAAUUCGAAUGGACGAAGACUACAACGAUAUGCAAUCACUACAGCUAACAAGACGGCAACUAACCCUACCCGACAGUCGAGGAAAAUGUAAAAAAUCAAAAAAAAUUUUGACAAAAAUAACAAACGAUAUUAUCGUGAACACAGGUCGCGAAUUCCAGACCUUCGAACUGUUUGCGAAUGUUCGUGAAGAAGCCUUGAAAAUCAUUCAAGAGAAACGCGAACUUCUAGAGAAUGUGAACGCCGCAGAAUAUGUACUACAUACACUCCUUAAAAAACAAAAUAAUAGUGACUCUUCUAACUAA